AUGAAAAGUUUAGUCAAGCCUAAGAGCGGAGUUCCCUUUGCUGUCCCCGUUGCAACAUUAUACUUGAAAGAUUACUUUUAGGUAGUUACAAUUAAAUUUGUUUCAGUGGUAUUUACUGUUUUAAAUUAAAAUUUAAAACAGUAGGCUGCAAUCCAACGGGGGUUACGGAAAACUUAAAAACAAACGUGGCCUCGUUGGUUUAAGCACCUGAGCCCACGCUUACGUGAUAGGAAUGCCCCAUCAUAGACAGCUGUGAGCUGACUUGGUAUGUAUGGCGUGCAUUAUUCUGUAGGUAUAGAAAAUUAUAUUAAUGCGAGUAAAUUUAGCAAUUUAUGGGCUUUGUAUUGUUUGGAAAGUUAUCCGAAGAGGAAUCAAAAGUUGAAAUCAUAAGUGAACAUAAACGACGAAAUGCGCAAGCUGUUUAUACGAUUUUUUGUUUUUAACUUUUUCAGGCUUUGUGGCUACCAUCACGCUACUGUAAAGAUAUAACGCUAAUGGCUUCCAAACUGCUCAUUUUUUAUAUUUUUGCUGUCAAAAAAAAUCUUGUGACGGGCAGAUUAAUAAAAAAUUGCGACAGUGAUGAGUGGUACAGAAAAGUUUUUUUGAGCUUAAUGAAAGGUUUACAACAAUACUUUUUUUGAUGGCUUCCUUCAAAAUGAUCGAGAUUGAGUAAUCUAUUGCAUUAAGACUAAUGGGAAUUGCGUUGCGUAAAUUGUGCAUUCAGUCACAUCUUGAUCUUUGUGUUCAGCCUGCACAGAUAUCGCGUCAAUUAAUGUGUGUCAACAAUGGUACAACAAUGGACUCUGUUCAAAUCCAACAGUGAAGAACUGGUGUAAGAAAAGUUGUCACGGAUGUCAAGGUUUGCAUUAUUACUCGUUCUUUUUGUUUUUUGUUUUUUGUUUUUUGUUUUUUUUUUUGGCGUUUUGAAAAACUGUUUAAUUUCGUGCUGAGUUUGGUAAAUUUGACGAUUAUCUUGAAAAGAGGUGAUUUGAAACAAACUGGUAUCUUUCCUUUACAAACAGUUAUGAGUGAACGAUGAUUCGAAGCAGGCAAUUAAGUAUAAGCUGGUAUAUUACUCUUGCUUUAUCCAGGGUCGGCCAGGGCUUUUGGGUAUACAGUAUAUUGGAGUAUUUAAUUUCAGGUAUACAGUAUUUUAAUGCUUAAAGUUGGGUAUAGAGUAUUCACUCAUGACUAAUUUUGGGUAUAAAGUAUACCGUGUUUUAUUAUUAUUAUUAUUAUUAUUAUUAUUAUUAUUAUUAUUAUUUCAAUUUGGUAUUUUACACGAGUUCUAGUACAAUGUUUGGUAUAUUGGAAGCUUUAUUUCGGGUAAUUGGUAUAUCAAUACCCCCCCUGACCGACCCUGUUUAUCAGCUGUCAUAUAUUAAUAUGAAUACCCGUCUUGUCUUCACUGAAUACUGAAAUAUUUUCACUUUCAGCUAUUUUCGGUCAGGGUGGAUACCUCUAUCAGUCUGGAUUGAACACUUCGGUUUGUGCUAAUGUGGCGAACGACAGCCAGUGCUACAAGUGGUUUAGCAGUGGACUUUGUUUGAAUCCAGGAGUCCGUCAAUACUGCAGAAUGACAUGCGCAACUUGUCAGGGUUAAGUUUAGUUUCCUCUAAGCUGCUUUUCAAUUUAGAAUGCAAAAUAAUCGUGAGCUUCUUGAUGUCGUACUUAAGCAAUAGAAAACGUUUUCCGUGUUUGCAUAGCCUGAUAUAAACACGAGAGGGGUUGGUGCCAGAAAACUUUUGAGUUUUUCUGCCCAAUCAGAAGGCAGAACGGCGGCGACCGUUUGGAACUGGUCUGGUAAGACAUUGUCCCCAGGGGCUCUUGUCGCCGUUCUUUACUUUUCUUCGUGCCAUAUUUUUCCGCCCGUUUAGACUUUCCCUCGCCCCCACUAUCUGCCUCUCGGUCUCCGAGGAUGGGUUUCAUAGUGUAAGUCAAGCUUGUCAUUUUAAAACCAAUCAAGUACACCCCGUGUAGGCAGAGGAAAGCCGAAAGACACGGAAUAAACAGAAGUUAGCCAGUUUCGGGCAAAAUAUGUAUGCCCGCGAACAUAAACUCUAUUAUUUUAUUAGUUUUUCUAACGCCAAGAAACACCCAUUUUGACACUACAAUGGAGGACAAAAGAACUUGGGACUGUGUGAAAGAGCCCUUCCAACCAAUUGUUACGUAGAACCCUGCUCCUAACGACAAUUUUUUGUUCGGCUUUGGGUUCAUCCCGUCGUUCCCCCACUUCCCCCAGCAAUGUUGUGGCCAAAAAGCACUCAUUCUCACCCAUUUUGCUCAAAAUUUAACUUUGUUUGGGGUGGGAGGGGUCUCUAGUUUUAGUAAUAUCACUGGAAAGGUCCCAACACUUUUGACCUUCACUGUCUGAAAACCACUUUGUUUAGAACACUAGACGUUGCUUUGUGAGCUGUUGCACAAUGAAUAUCUUAAUGCUGUAAUUGAUCUUUUGAUGACGGUAUGAUAUAUUUUUUCAGACUAGAACAGCUAUUCUUUUGCUCUAAGAGCGCUGGAAAUAAUCACGACAUUUAGCCGUAACAUCAUAUAGAGCACUUUUCUGUUAUAUGUUUGCAAAGUUUCUUCCUUGUCUUUGUAAAAAGCAAUGUAGCGUCAGUAACACUUUCGGCUACAGUUCCAGACAUGCCAAAUGGUAGAUAUUUUAUAGUAUCUUGAACGUUGAUGGCAAAGAAGACAGUGUAACGGAAUCUCGAGGUUGCGUUACACUGAGUAGUUGAGCGCCACUUAACAUGUCUCGCCUUCAGUUCUCGGCUAUUUAAGUGAAUAUAUAUGUCCUUGAUAAAAUGUUUGUUUGCGAUGAAUUAUUGAUAUUUGCCUGCACAAAACAGAAGCAUUGAGUGAUUUACGACAGUUCUCGUCCUUUUAUAGCAUAAAAAUAAUGUUUGAAAUUUUGUCUAUUAUUUAGUUAGGGGCGAGAACUUUUUAAAAGUAGCCUAUUAGGCUUGAGACUUUCCAGUACAGGCACGUUUUUCUCUCAGACUAGAUGAGAUACUUUGUAACUUUGUAACUUUACUUUGUAACUUUAUUUGAUUUACCACAAAAUACAAAUAACGAUAAAACAAGACAGUUAUACAAAAGCAAAGGAAAGUGGCGAGGAAGCCCAAAAUUAAAGAAACCAUGAGGCUUAUAGACAUUGGGCUCCCUCAGAGUAAAAAUAAAGUUAACAUUAACGGUAAGGCCAGGAUCGAAAGUAAAAUACAAUGAAGGUAAGUAUAAAUUAACUAAUUACAUAGACUGAGUUAACAGAAUAUAAGGUAUGGUACAAGUAACAAUAAGAAUGAAAAUAAUAUCAGACAUGUGAAGAAAUAUAACUAUUUACUACAAGAUUUAUAACUAAUAAUUCAUAUAUAAUUUUUUUUCAAUUUUGUUUUGAAUAAGUGGAGAGAAUUAGACUCUUUAAUAUCAUUUUCUAUCGAGUUAUAAUAAGUAGGUCCUUAGAAACUGACAGAAAAUUUACGAAGGUUUGUUCUACAAGAAGGAAGGUGAAAAUCGUUCGCGUGUCUAGUGGCAUCGCUAUGGACUUGUUUGUUUAAAGAAAAAUAAUUGUUGAACUUUGAAGGCAAAAGAGAAUGGUUAAGAGCAAACAUAAGUUUACCCAAUUCUAGCUGUCUAAUAUCGGGAAGUUUUAGUAGUCCUAAUUCUUUGAAAAUAGGGUCUGAAUGAGAAUCGAAAGUUGAUUUAGAAAUAAUUCUGAUAACUCGCUUUUGCAAAGAUACAAUAUGUGAAAGCACCUAAUUUGCUUAACACUGUUUCAAACGCAGGAAAAUAUACUUUUUACAGGUGAGGACUGUAGGGUGAGAACUGUGAGAACUGUGCAGUAACUUAAAGUAUACUAGGUCACGCAUAGCAAUUUCCGGCGAUAUCAGGGCAGAUAUGCUGGGAGCAGUCAACAGAAUAAUGUUAGCGAAGCAGAAGUCACAGGAAAUUAUGCUCACCGUUUAAUUUGGCUGUUUGAUCGCCCAAGCGUAAGACAAUCUUCUGAAAGUUUUCCAUGUCUCCGUGUUCACACGUUGACGCAGAACCUACAGGGCGCACGCUAAGUAAUAUCUGGGCCAGGCCUUACAGAAUGUUACAGGGGUAGUUUGUACGGUAUAAAAAGGGUCAUAUUCUGGCUUGGCUAAGAAUUGCCCUUUGUGUCUUCUAAGUACAUCUUCUCAGAUAGUAAAUAUAGGUACUAACAGCAUUAAAAUGCCUUUAAGAGCUCAAUCCAAAACACGUCGUUCAAAUAAUCACUUAGUUCUUAUUGGGUAAACUGAAUGUCCACGCCGAAUACCCCCGAUUGGCAAGGUAUCCGUAACUCUUUGGCACGACAGACGGAUCAGCUGCAGCGUAUAGACAGCAUUUUACUAAAAAAACUACACUUUAACAGUUCUAAUGGAAACGUUUUCCUAGAUUUUUGUAGUGGAAGAUGACGAAAAAUUCAUUUUAUCGCGGUAAAUCAAUUUCAGACAUGGUUGGCGCAAAUCUCCGAAAGAAACUGCAUUCUUGCACCCGAGCCUUGCGUACGGUGCAGGCUGCAUUUGACCUACGAAAUAAAGAGUACUCAAUACUUUUUGUACCAAUUUCCUGACAAAUGUUAGUCAUUUUUAGGUGUUCCUGUACACGGUGGAUAUUCGCAGUGGAAUUCCUGGUGUCCCUGCAGCCUAUCUGGGGGAACUCAACAACGCUCUCGCUCUUGUACCAGUCCCCGACCAACAAACGGAGGAAGAGACUGUAAUGCACUGGGAUCAGCUAUCGAAUCGAGAAACUGUAACAACAUUCAAAGCUGCCCAGGUAACACUCAUUUUAUUUUUUUUGUAUUCAUCCGGGUAGAUGUUUCUUUUAUUAUGGGACUGCUUUGAGGAAGGAUUUUGAUACAGUUUUCUGGGCAAUCUUGUAGACCGUAGGACUAAAUGGAAGUGUCUCUCAGAUCAUUCCCAUAAUGUGGUUCUGCACAACACUGAUCCAGACU